AUGAUCGGGAGCGUUAUCGUUCUGUGCAUCGUCGGAUUCGUGCUGUGGCUCCUGCUCAAUGCCGGGACGGGCUUCGCAGCGACCAAGCUCGAGUUCCUGGAACCGAACGCGCCCGACAGCAGCCAGGGCGGUCCAGGCGAGCGCUCGAGGCUUAGGGUGCGGUACGGGCCGCUGAGCCUCCGUGCAAAGCAUGUCCUCCUCGCGGAGAAGAGCCUCAAGAUCGUCUCCGGGUUUCUCGUCGGCCUGUACCCGGUGGAUGUCACGCAGGUGAGAGUCGACGAGUACCGAGUCCACUUCGGAUGGGGCUUGAUCAAGUUCAUCAAGGCCUGGUGGAAAAGGGAGGAGAGGGAGAGACUCGAGCCGAAGCUCAUCAUCCGGCUGGUCGGGGUGCGCGUCGCGAUCAAGGGCAACGGCAUCGACGAUUGGGAGAAGCAGGCCGAGGCGAUGGCGGCCGGCAUCGAAGGCGGCAACCACAACCAGGCCAACCUCCUGACGGCGCUCAUCGACAAGACCACGCCCGAGGAGGGCGUGCCGCCGAGCCACAUCUUCAGGCUGGUGGACGGUGUCAUCAACGCCGUCGACGUCGAAGUCGAGGGGUUUCACCUCAGCCUGUCGUCAGCGAACCACAAGGACACACCGGAGGAGGGAACGCAGCCUCAACAGCAGGACGCAAGCGACAUCAGGCCAGCAACAGCAGCAGCAGCGCCCGCUGCCUCUAGCGGCACCGCUAGCGGCAGCCACGGCGUGGGCUGCGAGUGGGUCCUCGGCGUGAAAUUCGACCGCUUCCGCUUGUGCAAGAAGGCGCAUCCCUCCGAUGAAACGCUCGGCGUGACGCCCCGUACGCUCAAGGUAAAGUCGUUCAACAUGUACUACGACACCGACGGAACGCCCGUCCGCGGACACAGCAGCUUCAACAAGCCUCACAACCAACAACGCGAGAGCGUUCGUAGUCCGCCCCCCGCCGCGUCCGGUGCGAACGCCGUUGUUCGGGGAGACGACGACCCUGAGCUCUACAUAGAGGAAGGAGCACUGCCGCUCACGUCCGGUGUUCUCGGCGGCGGCGGCGGCGGAGACGGCCUGCGGCAGCCGGACGACCACAACAGCCUCCUGAUGGUCGAGAGCAUCGGCGGGACCCUCCUGUUCCCAGACCUCAUGUGCGUGCUGCUCGGGGUCGGGCGGCAGCCCGGCGGGAAGGGAAAGAUCCUCGCCGUCGACUUCGACCAGAUGAGGGGCGUCGUGGUCGAGCUCGAGCCUUUCCAGGUGUUCAGCCUCCUGAACGACGCCCUGCCGCUGCUGGCCCUGAUGGGGCCCUACUCGGAGUGGUGCAGUAACGCGCGCCUGCAUUGGCACAAGGAGGCGUUCGCGCGCCGGCCGGGGGCGGCGGCGGGCGGCGUCCCGGUCACCCCGGAGGAGCUCGAGAAGUACGCGGAGGCGCUGGGCUCGCUCCCGGACGGCAACGGCGAGAAGAAGUACAAGGGGGACGCCGCCGAGCUGCGGAAGCUCGACAAGAACAUGUCGCUCUCGCAGAUCAUGCUCACGAGGAUGCGCGUCCGCAACUGGGACGCAACCCGCCCGGAGCGCGUCAUGCUCGUGGCCAACCUUCUCCUGAACUCGAUCGACCCUUUCCAAGGGGUUCCGGCGGAGGAAUUGGAGGGUACCCCGGCGUCGGAGCCGGUGGGGGAAGCUGCGGGCGACGGCGGCGGGGGCGCCGAGAGCGACGAGGAAGCCCCGUCGAUCUCGUCGGGGCAGAGCGAGGCCCCGCUGCCCUCGCUGCCGACCGACGGGCCCGAGGAGGACGCCCGGCUCGAGGCUCUCCUGUACUACGCGGCGCAGGAAUCGGCAUACGCAGGCGCGGAGAACCCCGUGCUGAUGGAGAUCGACAUCCGCAUGUCCGCACAAGACGUGUCCCUGUUGGUAUAUCACCCGCCCUGCGACAACGCCAAAAGCGCGGACAAGAAUAAGGCCAGUUCGCGCGAGGUCGACCUCGGCCAAGGCGGCGACGACAACGACAGUAUCUUUGCCGGUAGUUCCGACGGCGGCGAUGACGGUAGCCUCCCCGAGAUGGACCAGCUGUCCAGGCAGCACAGCGGCGGCUCGGUGAAGCUCGGCGGCGACGACGGGGAGCUGGCGACCGAGGAGGCGUUGCGCCUCAGGGACAGCCUUCAACUGCCGGCGCUUGCUGCCUCGGUGGCGAUAAACGACUUCAAGUUCGGCUUCAACAUGCUGAUGGGCUCCGUCGCAGCGGAGGCCGCCGCCGCUCCCUGUGCGGAAGGGGCAGGAGAAGGGGGACCGUCCCCCCUCCCCCCCGGCGACGCCGCCGGCGCCGGCGCCGAGGCCGGGGCCGGCGAACCCGAGGAAGAAGGCCCCGUGCAGCUCUACACCUUCUCCGGCGCCCUGUUCCCGGACGCCCUUCCCAUCCGCCUGUACAAGCCGUCCCGCCUCGGGCAGGGCGCAGACCUCCGGGUCGAGAGCUUCGGGGACAACGACAAGGUCGGCGACGGCGUCGCGGGCAUGAGCCUGUCGCUCGUGCUGGGCGGGACGCGCGUGACGGACUUCGGCGCCCUGGAGGACGGCGGCGUUCUGCCGACCCUCAUCGGCGGGCCGGCGGCGGUGUCCGCCGCCGGCGACGGGGAUGGCUCCCACGCGGCGGGGGGAACGACCAAGGCCACCCUCGCGCUUUUCGUCGGGGGGCGCCUGGAGGCCGGCCUGGACUUCCAGAGCUGCACCGUGGUGGCCCUGCCGGGCAGGAUCAUGGCCAUCAUCGACGUCGUCCUGGCGUGCCUCAUGGGGCCGCCGGCCGCCCGCGAGGCGCAGGAGCUGAACGCCCUGGAGGAAGAGGUGGAGGCGGAGGAGGCGGAGGAGGCCACGGGCGGCGUCGGGACCACGGAGGUGGUGGACGCCAGGUGGAAGGCGAUCGACAAGGUCCGCGGCGCCUACCUGUUUCUGGGCAGGCUGGACGCCCGAUUCUCCGUCCGCGUGGACGCGUUCUCCCUGAUCCUGCCGCAGGACUCGCGCGACGCGCGCACCAACGUGGUCAUGGCCCAGUGCUCGGCGUUGGUGUUGGACAUGAAGAGCGGGAGCGCUUUCGAGGCCCUGGCGGUGAGCGUGUGCGACUUUUCGGUCGCGCCCUGCGUCCAGCGGCUGGAGGCCUCCGACGCGGCCAUCGUUUCCUGCGGACGGCUGCACGAGACGGGUGUAGCGAUCGCUCUCCGCGGGCCUCAGCCCGAGCUGCUCGAAGUCAUCCACCGAGGGUUCCCUCUCAAGGACUUGGACCUGUUCCCCAUUCCGGAGAGACGAAUCAUCCUCCCGGUUAAGAUGAAGAUCAAGUACUCCACCUAUGUUGCCCUGACGGCCGGAGACACCCUCGAGGCUACUACCGCUACCCUGGUGACGGACAUGAUGCAGCGCAACAGCGAAUCGGACCUCGCGGCCAUGCACUCGGUAGAUCUGGAGCAGCAACAGCUGGCGGUGACUGCGUUGUCGGGGGGAGAAGAAGAGGAUCGAGCAGGCGGUGGCCCUACUUCCGCGGCAGCGGAAACCGACGGCAACACCACCGACAGCGCUACGACUAGGUCGGGAUGGCACGUCAAUAUGGACGUCCAGCUGCACGUCAGCUCGGGGCUGUACGUGAAGGUCACCGACCUCGACAUCGCGGUGCUGCAGGGCAUCGCGACGUCGCUCAUGGCGUCCCUCAGCGUCGGGGAGGCCGCCCCACCCGCCGCUGGCGGAGCCCCCCCCGCCGCCGCAAGCGGCCAGUCUGCCGCCGGGAAGUCGCUGACGUUUGCGCUGGACAAGGCGCAGCGGCGCAUGGUGGCCAGUCUCCGGCAGGCGUUCCGCCUGGCGGAUGUGAACGGGGACGGAAACCUUGACCGCGCAGAGGUUGAAGACGGCACCGAUACCCUGGACAUCGACGAGUUCACGAGCACCAUGAUGCGGUUGAUGACGGACGGCCCCGACGAGGUUACCCUCGCGCGGGCCCGGCGGCAGGCCCUGACGAAGGCCUUCGACGAAGCCGACACCGACGGGUCCGGCUCCCUCGACGCCGGCGAGAUCUUGGAGCUCCUCAAGAGCUCGGACCCCCUCCGCACUCAUUCGGAGUUGGACAGACAGGUGACUCGUUACAUCGAGGCCGUCGACGUGAACAACGACGGCCAGCUGGACCUGGACGAGUUCAUAGAGCUUGUCCAGAGCAUGCGCGUGGGGGGUGUUCACGAGGGGCCUCUCGAGCCCAAGGCCGAGGAGUUCCGAUCCUGGGAAGUCAUCAAACCGAUGCUCGAAGGUUACAAGACCCUGCCCGAGCUCCUGGCUGCGCGGCCGCCGGACUACUCCCCCCCCGGAUUCUGGGAGCUGUUUGAGGCCGAGACCCACGCCACGAAGAGCGGAUCAGCCGGACAGCUCGUGGAAGCUGUGCAGGUGCGAGCAGGCAAGGGUAACAGGGGCGGCGGGGUAGGGAGCGGAACAGCGGCGGCGGAGGGUUUGCCGUUCGUUGCCUGCGCUUUUUGGAGGGUAGUACAUCGUCGAUUGCUCUUCAUGUGGCAGCGUUUUUUUCUCGUUGGUGCUGCAAUGAUCAAGGCGUCACGUCCUGGGGAGAGGGUAAAGCGGGUCGAACGUGCUCUCACGGCGCACGAACAGCAGUGUGCGGGCACGACAGUCCAGAUGCGCAUCCAGAAUGCCCCCCGUUCUCCACAAUUUUGUAACCUGCACGUGGUGAGGACAGCCUCUUCUACAUACCUCUGUGGAUGUUAUUUCGACCAGAAAGACCCAUAG